AUGUCUGACACCGCGGGCCCUACCGUUACGACAUCAGACGGUGGAGCCCGCCUGUCAGCUGAGUGGGAGAUUGACUUCGGAGGAACUUUAACGUUUGAUGCCUUCGGCACUGUAAAUCCCUACCUUACUCCGUAUUCGUCUUCGAUGGCAGAGUUUCCAUCGCCCAUGCCAGGGCCUAUCAAGAACACUCUCCUCACCGAUCCGGCCUCGUUGUGGGGGUUUCCGACCUUCGAUCCACCUGUGCCCGCAAGGCCUCGUAGCAGCCCAAGCACCUUCUCCUGUCCGCGUGUGGACGAAUUCCAGUGGAUGAACAAUCCUCUUGGUAUUCCAGAUGCGGACCUACAGCCCGUUUUCACAACGAAUACGACUUGGCCGUCCCUCAAGGCGCCUAGUCCUCGUAUGCACAGCAGGACUCAAUCAGAGAUCGCUGCACCCCAACCACGGAGAGUCUACGCUCCGAUAGCGCCGAAUCCUGCGGGACUACCAAGGACCAAUGAACUCAAGCGCUUACGCGACGAAGAAGAGCCAACCGAGACAGAGUCAAAGCGUCAGAGACGCUCGGCAUCAGUUGCGCUCUCAGAGUUGGGCGAUGAAGACCGACUGCUCCUCAAGCUCAAAGACGAAGAUAAUCUCCGGUGGAAGGACAUUGCCUCUAGGUUCCAGACAGAGCUGGGCAAGACCUACCAAGUACCGACCCUGCAGAUGCGGCUCAAGAGGCUGCGAGAACGCUUGCGGGUCUGGACCGAGGUCGACACCGUGGCGCUACGAGCGGCGCAUGAGUACUGGCAGCAGUGUAAAUUUGAGAUCAUUAGCGCUAAGAUGAAUGAAUUCGGAUCACACGAGAAGUGGACUGCGAAGCAGUGUGCAAGCAAGUGGCAGGAGCUGCACCCCGUUUCAUCGCCUUUCACAGCCUUCGAAGAUGUUCCUGGUCCUAGUAACGCGAUGAGUCCACUCGAAGGCUCCGGCUCCGGCUUCGGCUUCAUCCCGUGCUCGACGUUUCCAUGA